UCCAGGUCCCGGAGCUCCGAGGCCGGCUCCCCGCCAAACCGGGACCAGCCGCCCGCCGACCCGCAAGAAUGCGUUACCUAGUGCCGCGGUCACGGCCGCCGUCACAGGCGCCCCGACCCCGCCCCGGCCCGCUCAGUCCCUCUCCCUCUCCCGCACCUGCCCGCGAGCUCCCCGGGGCCGCAGGUGCGGGCCACGGCGGAAUUCCACGCCCCGCGAGGCCCGCCAGCUCUGGGGAGGGACGGGGAGGCCGAUGUCCCAGAUUGUGCCUUUUUAGCCGGGAAGCAUGGAGGUGAUCCACCACCGGCCCUGCUGCUGCAGGGAGCGUGAAGGAGCGGACCUCCUGUCAGACACCUUUUACUCCAAUGAAGUGCACACUCCGCUGCAAACAGCUCCUCGCCCAACUUCCUCAGAGGACAGGUAUCAGGAAUUGAAGGAGUCGCUCCAACAAUGCAGGCUUCCAUGGGGUGCUGACAAGGAAUAUGGUGGGAUGGUACCCAUUUCACUCCCUGAGGAACACAGGCCAAAAUGUGACCCUCUCCAUGCCAUGGGCAAGGGACAUCAGCACUAUGGAUAUGGUGGAGAUACCUGGCCAAGAAGGCUUCCUAUUGAACAGUUCUAUUAUUUGACACAGAACAAAAAAAGUGACAUCUAUGGAAAUGAUUCUUUGUUGCCCAAACCACCUAAUUCAGCAGUAGGUGAAAUCUGCUCCCCGUAUCCAGUUGAACAUCCCUACCACACACACAUCUGUCGCGGUGCCAUGUUCCCAACCUUCACAUCACCUAAGGAUCGCUACACUGGCAUUAACGCCCGAGGCCAACAGCCAUUUCCCCCAACUGUGCCAACGAAGCCUUAUGAUACACUGAUUUUGAAGACAAAAGGUAAUCCUUACAGACAUGAACUGCUUGAUAUUCCCAUGGAUUCAAAGAAGAAAGCCUUGAUGUGGCCAGGUCAGGGUGUGUAUUAUGACUUUCCUAAAUGUGUUGAGAAAAACAAGCCAGUAUUCUACCCCAAGCCUCCUAAAACCUUCGCUCCUAACACUUCUUUAAAUUCAUGGGAUCCUGUUAACUCUCAAAAAGAAGCCAACAUACAAAGAAAUAUUGAGCGGUCCCACUGGAUCAGUUCAUACACUCAUGAUUUCACAGGUCUGGGGCCCAUGAACCCCCUUGAACUGGAUGAUUACCAUGAAAAGGCGAUAGCAGAGUUAACUGGACAGAUAGGAUUUGACCCACAACCUUCAGAAAAAUUCCAUCCUGUCUUUAAACCCCCCAGACCCUUGGAUGGACGAAUAGCUCGACUGAUUCAGAACCAACGUCCUCUGGAGGCUGUUGUCCAGCAAAGACCACCUCCCUGUCCUGAUUGCACCCCUAGAGUUUUGUGUAAUUUUCAUACCUUCAUACCCAGUUCUUCAGAAAUGAUGGCACUUCGUGAUAACACACUAGCAGGUAUGAUCCAUAAACACCAGGAAAUUGAAGACAAGAUUAAGGAAGAACAACGUUUGUUAUCUACCUUUGCAAGUCCACCUUGUUACCCAACGAAAGAUAUGACUAACGGUUAUGACAUACAACCAUUUCCAAAAAUUACAGAUACUAAAAAGACAGAAGAUUUGUACUGGAGACAGCUGCCAUUAAAACCCCAACCUGCACCUCACUACCACCCCAACCAAUACAUUCAAUAUGAACAUUUUAAAUCUGCCUUACUUGACCAGCAUACUAUGUGUCAAAACCCUGUUAACCUUAGUACGCCUAGUCCUGUACAAAAUAAGCCAGACUCAGAAGCUCUUGAUCUAGGAUGUUUUUUAAGGAAGCCAGAAGAACAGCUGACCUUCAACACAGAAAACGAUGAAGAAACAAAAUCUCUUCUGGGUUGGAUUCCUAAAGUUGGAGGGGCCAAGACUCAGGCCAACCUGCUUGAGCUUAAGAACUCUUUUUCAAAAACUGGUGCACAAAAACGUUUCCAUAAAUCAAUUAGAGAAGACCAUAAAGACCUUAGGAAUAAGGUACAUUUAGGGAUGAAACACCAAUUCUAUGACCAUAAUUCCUAUUAUUUCUACAAUUGAGAUAUUCAUCUUUCCCUUCAAAACACAGCCUCUUGCAAGAAAAGAAAAUAGAAUUUCUUCCUUGUUACUGGAUUCUGUUUUAUAGAGGAGCCAUCAUGAACCUUGCUAAUGAGGUUUAUGUUUUCAGGAAUUUAAGUUUGCAUCUGGUCAGAGGAACCCAGAAAAGGUGAUGUUUUGACUUCUUGAAAAGUUUAACAAUUUGGCAAUAAAAUAUUAGAACCAGAAAAA